UUUCUAAUUUAGGAGAAAAUAAUUGAUAAAAAUUCAGAUAAUUCUUAUCUGGUUGCAAAACAAGAGGGGCCAACACUGAAUUGACAGAAUGCUUCUAAGAAUGUGGUGAUAAUUCAAUAUUUUUAAUAAAUAGAUUUAGUCAAGACAGAAUAGUUCAAUGAUUGAAUUGAGUACAGAGCUCUUGUAGAUAAAAUCUGUGAUGUUACGACAGCUUCUCAUUCAAGAUGAUUUUCUUCUUCUAUAUAUGUGUUAUUACAUGCCAACUCUUUUAUGAUCUCCCAAUAAACAACACUCAAAAAACCCUAGGUGAAAAUGAAUAUACCAACCAUUCUGAUGUUGGAUUUAUAAAUCCGAUUGAAGUAUGGUUUCAACAAGUAUGUAACUACUGCUACAAUGAGUGGGAAGCAUCCUAUGUUGAGAAUGCUUCAUUGUACACUACAUUCCUCUUGUUCACAAGAGUCUCCGAUGUGAAAUACACAGUAGUAACUAUCGGUGACCCUGAACUCUUGUAUGAAGCAGGGUUCAACUCUUCUAAAAACACCAAAGUACUGAUUCAUAAGGACAGGCUUGAUAACUAG